UUAAUUUCUAUUUUUGAAUGAACAGAGUAGAAAUUGGGGCAAAUCACCCCAUAAACACAAGAAAAGGCGAGCAAUUUGGGUCCUACGAAUACGAAGAUGAGCCAGAAGAAGACCAAAAUGAUUACCAAGAAUACUACGAGGAAGAACAAAUGCAUUAUCCAAAUUCAAGCAGUAACAAAAAUUCAAUCAGUAUGUAUGAUCACCCUGAAGCUCUUGAGCAGAAUGCUCGGGAGAUCCUCCAAAAGCAUGAUAAUGACCAAAGAUGGAUUCACAGUGAGACUGAGAAUAUUUCUGGGGAGUCUGAUGAAGCCAGCUCGAAAUUUGACCAAAGAAAUUAUGUAGAAAAUGAGGUCAGGGCCGAUCAUUUUGAUAAUGAUAUCCCAAAUUAUCCUCAUGGCAACAGAGAAGGUUAUUUUGCAGCCCAAGACUUUAAUGAGCCUGAAGAAAAGGAACUCCUGACAAUUACAGUAGAGAUUGGCAAUGACCAGCAAGAAAAUAUCGUAAUUAUGGAAGGAGAAACAGCAAACGAAGUUGCAGAAAGGUUCUGCAAUAAAUAUGAUAUGAAUGACGAGCUCAGGUUAUUAUUCACUGAGCAGAUAGAGCAAAAUAUAGAGCAAGCUCUGAAUGAGAUGAAUGAAAAUGAAGAAGAGGAAUCUCAAGAUGAAAGAUUUGAGAAUGAUAAUUUACAAAAUGAGAAAUUUAUACACUCUGAUAGCGCUCAAAUGGAACAUAUUUCUACUGGCUUAGAACCAACUCCAAAGCAAAAUAUAUAUGCCAAUGAUGCAGAAAUCAACUAUAACAACACUUCCUCUCAAAAAGCAGAUAAACACUCAUACUCAACUCCUGGACCAAUACUCAUAAACCCUAACAAAGGGGAUAAGAGAACAUUACCAAACAAAAAGAAAGGAAAUGGCAAGAUCAAGACAAACAAAUCAUUCACAACUCUAAACAACUAUACCCCAAAUCAGUCAAAUUUUAACUCUAACAACUUCUCGCGUGCCCACAAGAAGAAAGCGACUCGAGAUUCAGUCUACUCUCGCUUACACUCUGAAGCCAUUCAGAAGCAAAAACAGAAAUCUAACAGAAGUAAAGCCUCUAAUAUCAGUUAUGAGGCUAGUUCUAUUGCUCAGAAUGUUUCUAGACCUCCUAAAUCAGCCAAAAAGCCCCAGCGAGGUAUGAUCAGCAAGCCUUUUACCGACCGAAGGAAGACCUCUAACAACAUCGGCGAGAAACUAUACCAAAAUGGUCUGAAAUAGAAUGGAAGAAAAGGAAAGAAAAGCCAAACGCGAGAAAAUCCAGAAUGAACUCAAGCAAUACGAAAGUCUGACUUUUCAACCUAAAAUCAAUUCCUCUGCCAAGCGAUUUCAAAGGAACUCCAAACGACUUGAAGACCAGCUCAUCGAGAAGGGGAAGAAAACUCAUGAUAUGAUUGAGAAAAAGAGGAGCGAGAUUCUCUUUGAACAGCAAAACCGAUAUAGCUUCCGUCCUCAUAUUAAUAAGAAAAGCGACAGAAUUAUUCAAGAAAGAUCAAGGCAGUUCCUAGAAGAGAGUUCUCGAAUGGCUGAAUCUCCCAACUUCUCACAAGAAUUCGAGGGUUCAUUUAUGACUUCUGGUAAUAAACUCAAUAAAUUCAAUCUUUUGUAUGAUGAUGCAAUGAAGCGGAUGCAAAGACAAGAUGAAAUUUACUCGAGAUGUCUCGAUUCAGAAUGUACCUUCCAGCCAGAUGUCAGUAAAGGAAACCACUACGAUGGAUACUACCCUGAAGAUUUUGGUAAUUUUGCAGAAAGGCUCUCUAAACCUUCUACGAGAAAGGAAAAAUCAAAAAUAAUGCAUCUUCAAGACCAAUGUUACGAUAAAACUACUGGGCAGCCUCUCUUUCGGCCGAGAACCGGAAGACCUCCUUUGGCCAAAAGAGAUUAUGAAAAUAUGCCUGUCACAGAGAAACUCUACCAAGAAGGCCAAAAGAGGAAGCACCAGAAAGAAGAGAAAAUAAAACAGGAAUGGGAUCGGCGAAAUCAUUCUGCAAAUAGACACAAAAUUCAAGAUAAAUCAGAGGAACUUCUUGAACAAAAGAAAGCUAGAAAAUUUCACCAGAUCUUCCAGAGUCUUGAUGUUGAUGGAGAUGGCGAAAUAUCAGCUGAAAAAAUUGAUAUCUCAGCGCUUCCACCAGAGAUUCUUGAAAUUUUCACUCCUCUAUUGUGUGAAAUGGAAGAAUUAGAGCAUACUCUUGACCUUGAAGAAUUCAUCGAUGCUUCUAUGAGGUUAUAUGACACUCUAAAGUUGCCAGACAAGAACAUGAUACUUCUUAUGAAGGAUAAAUGGAGCAUUCAAAAAGAUAAUAGUGAUGCAAAAUAUACCUUCCAUCCUCAGCUCAAUACAAAUUCUCUAAAAAUAGCAGCAAAGACUCGAGCUAGCGGAAAUGAUAUCGCUGAUGUCCUCAUGAGCAAAAGAUUAGAAGCUGAGGCCAAAAUUGAUGAGCAACGAAGGAUCAAAAAUGAUGAAGAACUCAUAGGUUGCACAUUCCAGCCUCAAAUAUCUAAAAAUGUUCAAUACCAAGAAGCAUAUAGAAUGAUGAAUGUGUGGGAUGAAGAGCAAGAAUCAAGUGCAAAUAUUCCUAAUCAUCAUACUUUUUCUAUGAGCUCACUGAAGCAGGUUGCAAACUUCAAUGAAUAAUGUGACACUGAAAUUUAACUCAAAAUAACUCAAUU